AUGUCAGACACCUGUAUCGUCUGUUUAGGAGACUUGAGCAGUGGUAAUGGUGAUGUUUCAGCUUUCCCCACGACCCUGGUCAAGUCUCCGCAGCACGAGAACGAUCCCACGGCUGCCCGUACCAGCAGCGUCUCGAAGACCAACGAUGCCGAAGACGCGAGCGAUGCCACACAACCCCCAAACCCGCAUCCCAAUGAACUGAUCGCGCAUCUUCGGCCUUGUGGUCAUUACCUACACAAUGAAUGCUUGACACCAUGGGUGGAACGUGCCAACAGCUGUCCCAUCUGUCGCGCCAGUUUCCAUCUCGUCGAACUUAUGCAUGGUAUUAAUGGCGACGUGAUCUCCUCUUAUCCGGUCGAAGAUCGCACCCAAGUUGCCGAGCUCGACCCCUCGAUGUUCCUCGAAAUCCCUGAAGAGGAGGAUGAGGAUCAACCUUGCCAGGUGUGCGGCGAAGAUGACAACGAAGACGUCCUCAUGUAUUGUGACGGCUGUCAAAAGCUGUGGCACACCUACUGUGUCGAUCUACAAGAGGUGCCAUAUGGACAUUGGUUUUGUGAUCAUUGCAGGGCACAACGUGAGGUUGAUCCUCGCCCACCAGCGAAUCCUCGACCCGGACGUUUAUCUCGCAGACGAACUCGAGGUCAGCAGCGUCGACAGCGUGGACAUGACUCGUCCUGGAAUCAAGUGUGGCAGUCGGUCUGGUCACGCAUCAAUCUUGACCUUGACUUUCCGUAUGAGGACGACGAAUCAUCGGCCACAUAUCUGAGACGCCAUCGACAACGCCAUCAGGCCAAUCGACAAGCACAUGACGCCUGGAUGCGCCGAAUGCAGGUGGCCGAACUCCAUGGCGCCGGUAAUCGUUUUAGGGAGACAGAGCCAGCCCUUCCUAGCAGGGCCCGAGGCGCCUCAACCCCGAGAAACCGAAGAAUAAGAUCGCCUCUCCCUCAGAUUGAGGACGCUGACGAACUCAUGGCGUGGCGCGCCUUUGAACAAGCGCGAGCUUCAUCCAACGAACCCAGUUCAUCUCACAAGAGAAAGAGAAAAUCAAGGACGUCCUCUCCAGCAGAAGGAGGAACAGAGUCAACUCCAGUGAUUAAACGCAGACGCCCCAGUGUCUCUCCUCGUACCACCCCGGAGCCCGGUGCAUCUUCGGCCGCCGCGGCUCGCCCUCGACAAUCAUCACGCUUGACCAGCCCCAUCCCGCGACGACAGCCCACUCUGGAACCCGGUGCGCCGAGUUUUCUGCAGUCUUUGCUGCAAGAAGUGGAGGAAUUUGGUACGACCACUCAUAGUAUCAGUCUCCCUCGACCUUCUCCCCGUCCGGCAGCCAGUCCAGCCGCCGAACAGAAUUCUCCACGACCGUCCUCGCCAGCUUUAUCCCCUCUCCCCUCUAACCACUCUUCGCCUCGAGCCAUGUCUUCCACUCCACCACCUCCAGGAGCUUUGAGGCCAGGCUCCCCGACUGGCCUAUCUUCGAGUAUUCAACCUGUAUUUCCUUCCACCGAAUACUCCCCUUUGCGCUCCGUGUCUCCAGAACCGGGUGGCUCCACACCGUCAGAGGGCUCUGGUCAUCAACCCAAGGGAUCGAAAACGACCCCGUCGACUUCCAUCCCCCUGGCACAACCCAAAGUGCGAAGUCGGAUUCCACGAGUACUAGAACACGCGUCGACCCCGAUUAUUCCGUCCCGAUCCACGGAUACGUCCCCCACGCGAGCGAGCAUGUCCUUGACAGCUAAAGCGGACGUGCAGAAACUGGUCGCCACCGCUCUCAAACCACAUUAUAACGAUCAGACCAUUACAAAAGACGAAUACACCACCAUCAACCGUGACAUUUCCCGAAUGCUGUACGAUAAAAUUGGUGAUUUUGAGGCUCUUGAUGUUGAUGGCAAAGCCAAGUGGGAGAAAAUUGCGGGGGACGAGGUUAACAAAGCAGUCGACGCUCUCAAAGCUCAGGGAUGA